AAGUACUCUUUUUUGUGUGACCAUACCCGCUCGCAAAAGACCACCUUGUCCGUUCUUGUCACUGCACCAACCCCGCAAAUCCACCGAGGCCUAAAAUCAUUCUACCAUAACACCAAUCUAAAACCCUUCCAUUCCAAUCAAUUCUUGGCUAUUAGCCUCUCCUUGCCUUGGAUAAAAAUAUCACCUUUCUUUUUAUUAUGGGGAAGAGAAAGCGAACUGCCACUAACCACAACGCCUCCCAUCAUCCUUCUUCUUCGGGUUGAGGGUGGCAUUUGAUGAGUUGGUGUUAGCUGAACUGCACCAAUUCGUUCAAGAUCUUCGUUUUUGUUAAGGCAACAUGCCAUGCUCUUCUGGAGCAGAAUUAUUGUCUAGUGAGAAAUCUUCUCAUUUACUUGAUUCUAUUGAAUUAAAGCCUCUUUCACCUGGGAUGGCUGCCACAGAUAGUACCAUGAAGCUGUUGAAUGUGCAUUCUUCUCUUGCGCAUCAGCAUUACAAUGUUGGCCACUCAAUUUUCUUGAAACGAUCACGUCACUACUAUGGGCAUCAAUACUCUCGGAGGAAUUCAGGGAACCAUGCUAAUGCAUCGGCUUCUCAUGGGAAAAUUACCCCUUUACGUGAUGAGAGACUUGCCUUCAAGUUGUCUGGUUCAGAGUUUGGACACCAUACGGGGAACAAAGAAAAAGCAUUUGGCAGGCCAGAUAGAAUUAGACCUAGGCUAAGCUCCAUGGUAAUAGAUGCAUCUGAUGCAGUGAAGAUGAUAUGUGGGAUCUGUCAGAAGCUGUUAAGACGGAAACCAUAUUUUCUUGGAGAGGCACUUUCUUCUGGGGAAUGCUCUAUUGUGGCUGUUUUAGUCUGUGGUCAUAUGUAUCAUGCAGACUGUUUGGAGCAGAGAACAAGUAAUGAAAAUAGAAGCGAUCCCCCUUGUCCAUUGUGCUUGGGCUUGCUCUCUCAGGAAGAUGCCUCAAGAGGACAAGAGUAAUGUACAGACAUUUACUUCUAUGAUACUUGAUUAUAUAGGAUAAACCAGAAGUACUUAGUUGGAAAAGCAUAGGUUGGCUGAUUUAGUCUAGGGAGACUAGCAGAUGGAUUACGACAAGCCUGUCAAAGAAGCGUUCUCCAUUUGUCGCUUCAUUGUGUGUUAGGCAUAGUGGGAAGCACCAUGUUUUUUGUCAAGUGAUAGACAUUAGCAUGGUGACAUUUCUACUGUAAUAUCACUAAUAGUAUCCAACUUUUUGUUGUAUAAGUUAAUAUUUUUCGUGCACAUUUUGACCAGUGAUUUUUUCUUCUUACCCGUGAGAUUUGGUGUCGGAUGUUUCCCUAGCUGAGUAUGCGUCAUGGUAAUGUGCAUGAUAUAUGCUUCUCUGGUUAAAUCAUCUUCCAAAUAAGAAUCAAAUAUUCUAUUCUUGGACA